GUCGUCGUGAGAGUAGUCGCUGGCUGAAUGGCAACAGUCUACCAAGUAUAUUCUUCAGCACCACUUGUACAAUCCGCUGACUCCACUAACAAAUAUUUCUUACUGCGUAAAAGCGAUAAUCAAACUAUGUUCGCCACCAGACCGUACAUCCUAGGUGUUGUAGGGAUGAUGAUGUUCAUCGCCGUACUGACAAUCACUGACGUCCAAGCCAAAGAUGACAGAUGUCGUCGACCAGUUAUUCAAAAUUGCAAUGCUUCGGAAUUUUACAUCAAUGGUUGGAAAUUUACCGGGUGGUACUACCACACGGAGUUGAGAAUGUGCAGACCUUUGUACACGCCGAAUGGACUGCACACUUGCAAAGAAAACUACGAACUGCCCAUAACCAGACAAAUGUGCGAUGACUUAUGUGCUGAACCGUGCACCAGGACCAAUGGUGCGCCGGGAAUUUGUAUGCCCAAGGACUUAUGCGUAAUUACCAUCAGGUCAUUGGGACCAAUCCCUCCAAGUUCAUGCGGCAGUGGCAUGUUAAAUUGCUGUCCCAAAGCAACUGACAAAGAGUUGUGCACUUUGCCUAUAAAUAAUAAAAACGGGCUCGUCGAAGAGGGAGUUCUUAAAAAGAAGACGUAUGGUGAUGAACCUGAUUACAAAUACUAUCUACCGUAUCCUAAAAAAAAAGAGUGCACAUGCGAGUAAUACUUUACAGUGCCCGCACUAAUAGCAUUAAAUGUUUCAUCACGUAGUAUGUGUAACUGUCAACUGACCAUUAUUAUUUAAUAUCGAUAUUAAAAUUAUUCUUUGCAUGUAUUUAUUUGAUGAAAUUGUUUAUUGUACUAUAAAUAAUAAAAUAAAAAUUGAUAUUGAUAUUAAUA